AUGGAAGAUAAGUUUCAACGAGCUAUGCUUUUAUAUUCCCAACUGGAUAAUGAGAAGUCAGCUUUGCUAUAUGAAAUUGAUUUAUUAAAAGAUGAGAUGGAGGAGAAGGAGCAAUUAUUGACGCAAGCUAGUCGAGAAACUAGAGAUUUAACUGCAGAGGUGAAGCUGUUAAAACGCACUAUUGAGGGUCUAAAUGUUCAUACGGCUAACUUAAAAGCAGAAAUUGCACAGAGGGAUCAACUUAUACAGGUUUUUUCCAAACUUUUUUUGUUGGUAUUUAUAUUUUUUGUUGAAUGCGGUUACUUGAACAUUUUCAGUUUUAGGAAACCCGUACCAUUGAUUUUCGCUCAACAGACUAUAUCGUUGGUGGAUAAGGUUAUACCAGGCUCGUCAACUCUUGACGAAAAAGUGAAAAAACUUGUUGAUAUGAACAAGAAAAUGAGACAACAAGUCGAAGAAGCUGAGCAGUCACUAUAUGCACGUCGGACAGCAAGGAAUGAUCGCAGUGGCAUGGCCAGUAAUGGUUCGCUUAAAGAUGCUGCGAAGCAGUUAGCCGAGAUCAAAUUCAAGUUACAAGAAUCUGAGCGUGAAAAUACUAAUCUUCAAGGAACGAUGAUUCGGAUGGAGGGGCAAUUAAAGAGAUAUAAAGCAAGCGCUGAGCAGGCCGAGAAAGAACUUACUGAUUUAAAAGCGCAGAACAGACAGCUCAAGAAGGAUUUGCGUGAAAGUGAGAAUUCUUUGGACGAAGCAAAGGAGACAAAUCGGCAUCUCCAAAACCGGCUAGAAAAGUUGCGUCACUCUUCAAGAAAAGCGACAUGA